AUGCAAAAUCAAAAAACGGAGAACUCACUAGAAUCAUGGCCAAAUGUGGCCUCAAGCAAAUUUGUGGGUUCUGUUAAGCAUAUAUGCGGUUUUCAACCCUUUGACAUUUUGUCUGUCAAGAAGAACAAUCAUAGAGAGGCCCAUCUAGAGCCAUUUCUUACUAACUACGGUCUUACUUUUGUCGAUACUCAGCUACUACUUACAGAAGAUGGACUUAUUCAGAGCACUGGAUUAAUUCCUUGUAAUAAUACUCGCUGGCACUCAACCUCUACAGAGACUACUUGCAAAUAUCUUAAGGCUGUAUCUAGGUCGCCAUCUCAAGCAACUCUAUCGCACUAUUCAGAUCUUUUUUUACCCAACCAAUUUAUGCCUUUUCUCAGAGCUCUACUAUAUGCAGUGUUGAACUCCUAUGGCAAUUCAUCUAUUUUACAAGCAGAAAAAAUGCUGCUUCAACUUGUUCAAGGCGCAGUAUCUUCUAGGAAAAUAUCCCUAGCUACUAUACUAGCAGUAAUUCGUUUUUACCCGACUAAUCAUGAUGGUUUUCCUUCUUCACAACGAUUUCUACUCAUAGCUUUUUUACAACAGCUUCUCAAUACUGACCUUUCAGCUAUUCAAUUAUCUAUCAAGCUUGCGUACGCUUCAUUUCUUUCGGAGCAAUCAUCACUUUCCAUGUGGCAACAACAGUUCGGACUUAAAUCCCCAGGCCACUAUAAUGAGCAUGGCCUUUCAAUAGAUAUGACGCUCUUGUCUCGCAAUUUGAUUAUGGAAUAUUCUUCAACCUACACAGACACCAAUCUCUUCUAUUCCCAAAAACUCUUAGAUUACAUUUGGUGCACUAGCAAAAGCCCUUCUCUGGGAGCUUUUACCCUGUCCACAAUAGGCCCCUCACUCUAUACAUAUCACAAGCCUAUGUUUAACAACUCUCUUGCUGUCUUUAGUGUAACAUUGGGAGGUCCUAACACAGUUCUUUGCGAUCCUCUCCAAUUUUCAGUGUAUCAGCAAUUUUACUUAAGUAGCCCAUUGUCAAAAGUGGAUAAUAGCGUAGAAGACCCUAUUUUUUCUCAAUUGGCCAUUCUAAAAGAGGAAGAGAUGAAUACCACCGUAUACUCAUAUCGUGAUAUUCUCUCUAGUCUUCAGAUCAUACCUUCUGAGUAUCUUAGUCCACUUAUUGCUACGGGAAAUAUGACCUCUAAGACUCUUCAAGUACUCGCACAUAACGGCUUCUAUGCCACAACAGAUAAUCCUCUUUAUACUCUUGAUGUCCCUGGCCUAAGGCUUCAUUGUGGAAAGUCUGGCACUACAUCUGUUUCUUCUGUUCUUGUUGGGUUGGGUAUCAUUAAGGGUGUAUCCAUGAUCUCCAGUAGUAACUUGUAUGCAUACUCUGGACGGAUGUUCGUGGCAGAGCACAUGGAUUCAUUCUCUCUUGCGUGCUGUCUUCCAGGAAUGGCCUAUCGACUUGCUAUUUUUCACGGCUUCCCUGAAUAUCAGAAGAAGGCAAUAGAGAAGUAUGCUCUCCACAGAUUUUAUUCCGAAAAACCUGAGCUGUUCCUCUUCCCCACUGCAUGGAUAGAUGACUAUAUAGAGCCCUCCACUACUGCUUAUAGUCUCCCUCAGCGAGCAAGUCCCACCCAUUCAAGUACUAAAAAAACAACUCACACUAGUGCUCAGGUGGCACUAGAAGAUGUGCUAUUAGAAGCGGCAUAUGAUGUAGAAGAACACAUGGAUAAUGCUUUGGAAGCUUGUAGCUUUAGUCUAAGCAACACGUCCAACGAUUCCUUCAAUUUUGAUAAUCCAGAGCUAUGUGAAGAUUCUAAUUGUAUACUAGGAAACAUGGAUUGUCUUGGGGACCUUUGUGAUAAUUAUGACAUUCACCCUACCUUGUGUAAUGACAACAAGCAACAUCAGGAAACAUCCUUUUUAGGAGAUACAAACUACUUCUGCAAUGCUUCAGAGUGUCAGCAAUCUGUUCUAUCGGAGUCUUAUGACUCGGACCGCUAUUCUUGUAGCUUGUCUAGCAUCAGUGUUCCCUUAUCUAGAGAUUUAAACCUCCAUAAUCUGCAAUUCUUAUCUGCCUACAGAGACUCCAUUGAUGACUUAACUAAGAACCCUGGCUUUACAGAAUUCUAUACUAAGAACAUGCAAAGAGUUGCUGAAGCACAGAAGGAGCUGUAUGAUGAUAUGCUCGCUAAUGAAUUGGAGGAAAAAAGCAUGUACCUAACCCCACCAAUUCUGAAAACACAAAUAUAUAAGACAGAUACUAUUCCUAAUGUGCAUUUGUUAACUCAAUGUUUAACGGGCAGAUACAGUCCCGCCAAGCGAGCAGCAAUUUUCUUAGUUGGACCCCACGGACAUACUCCGUGCUGCUUUUACGGUCAGCGCAACAGAUUUCUUCUAGUUAAGAACCGAGAGAAGAUCUACACACGUGAGCAAAGCGACUCUGAUAAUGAAAACUUCAAGCAAUUCAUUAAGCAGCAACAAAGACAACGUGCCAUUUCGCAUCCGUUACUUUCAACCCCGUAUGCUGCCGAUCCCACCAUCACCCCUACUCCGAUCAAUCCUUUGAAGAACAACGAUCCGAAGUCUUCUGCUAUUAAAAAAGAUACUGCCCAAAAAGUGAGUAAUAGCUCUGCACCACUAGAUAUUCAAGACACACAGCAGGCGCCUCUUUUUAAAACAUACUGGGUGCUUAGAGAACUCCCAACCGUUGCACUCCUCGGUCAAAUGCAUCCUCUCCCAUCCUUUUCGAUGCAGCUUCCGACGAAAAAACAUAUAAGACGCGUUCAGGCCGUCAAGUUCGCCGAUUAUCGAAGCAAAAUAGCUGCCAUACGAGGCGACUUUGAUGACUCAGAGGCGGUUAGGCAUGUAGAUAAAAACCUUCUAAAACGCGUUCUAGAUGUUAGUGAAAGUGAUGAGAGAAGCACGUCAUCAGCAUCUCGGAAUUCUGUCUCAGAAAAAGGUGAAGAGAUCAGCCAGUUGGAUGCAGAAGAUCAAUUCGAGUUACAAGAUAUAGAUAACAGUGACAGUAGUAUGAACACAGAACGUGUGACAGCAUCAUCGCGGCUUCAAAAGAAGCAAACUGGAAAGGAGUCAGCCACUGAGACAAGCCUAUCUGUUGGUGUAUACAAAAAAGGAGCACAGUACCAAUGCGAUACCAUUCCUCAUGUCCUAUCUGUGUGGAACAUAGAGAACUUUAUUAGGAGGCGGCUUCUUUAUAUGUUGGACAGACUUAUUGAUGAGACACCAACGGACACAUGCAAUAGAAUCACGUUUAGCGAACUAACCUCAGAGCUCAGUAAGAAGCUCUUUAAGGUGAAUUUUAUGAAGGAUGUUUAUAAGAAUAUCGUCUUCAACUCGCGAUAUUAUGCCGUUAACGCAAAGGAGGCGAAUAUUAAAAAGCUACCCCUCAAAUCCUAUAGUGACCCUAUCGAGAUACUCAUGUUUGAAAAUGUUCUUUCAACUGGAGGAUUUGUAGACAAUUUUCUGCGCAAAACAAGCUCAGAAACUUAUCUAUUACAGGCUGUUAUUAACGACGAACGACCAGGUUCAUUUCUGCUCGACCGCUUCAUUGGCUGGUCUCGGCUAGUAAUUUCUUUCUACACUGAUUAUAGAGCUUCAUACCUGCAGGCUUUGCGUGAUAUGCGGUUCUUGCUUACAUACAGUCAUGCUGAUGUGGCGGGAAUCCGGAGCUUUGGUUCGCGCCAGCUUAAGUAUGGGGCAGAUACUGCAGGAGUUGAAGAUCUAUUUAGAGAGCCUUGCGGUAGUCGUGAUUUGCUCUUCAAAAAUCGCAUGCACGUCUUCCCAUAUGCUACAAACCAAAAGGCAGGGAUCGCCAGUAUGCUUAAUAACAUAUACAGCGUAAUAGCUUCGUCGUUAGAAGGAUCGACGUUUUAUCCUAUGGAAAAGGUGUACAUUUCCCCAUACUCAACCAUUGGUUUGUAUGCGCGCUUUAUCAAGUUAGGGGAGAGCUCUUUCUCAGAAGAAACAGCAAAACUCCGAGUCUCAGAUGAAAAGCUAAAGGAGUAUAUUGAUGAGCUAAGCACUCUUGAGCCACCAAUGAGGCUUCCUAACGUGGUUUGCCACGCAAAGAUGGCCAUGCUAGAUAAGGACCAAGCUCCCAAAAAGGACACUACUAUUUUUCAAACGCUUCGAGUGUUUGGGAUUGCAAUCCACGAAUUACUAGGAUUUAUUGAUAUCAUUUCUAAAACAAAAAACUUGCUCACACUCGAUAGGUACAUGUUUUCUGUCCUAGAGACAGGUUACCCCAGUGAGUUUCUUUUUCGUUAUAGGCUUUUUGUGAUUGCAAAAGACCAUAUGAAGCAAAAUAAAAAGCUUUCUGGAAAGACUAAGGAACGGCUUGAUAAUAAACAAGGCUUACAAGAUGUACAAAGAUCAGAUCAGAAAGACUUAAAGCGCACCAAAGGGAUUAAGCGUAAGAAUGUAGAUGGCGCAGAACCUGAACUGAAGAAGGUAUCAAAGACCAAGAGCAAGAAAGCAAACUUGUCAGGAACUGAAGAACACAAUGCUGAAAGUCCACAACCAAAAGUUAAAAGGGAAAGAAGCAGAUCCACCAUGCAACUACAAUCUGAGAAAGAAAAGAAAGAGAUGCCUUCUAUAGGGGAAGUAUCCAUCAGAAAGCAUAGGAAAGUAAGAAGAAAGAAAAGUCAUGAAUUGCAUGCCGAAACACAGGAUACCUUCGCUUCUGCAGACUUAGAAAAGUCAGACACUGAGAAGAAGCAAGAAAUAAAGACUAGACGGCGAAGAAGAAGACGGAGGCACUCUCACAAUAAUAAGAAUGCUGAUUUGGAUGUAUCCACGGUUAACGUUGCACAGGAUAUAGCAGAUGGUGCGGAUGAUGAGACAAAAGAGCUAAGUGUUUAUCCAACAGCUUCAUAUAUUCCCGUUACUGCGCAUUUUCCAGCUUCCUUGACAGACUCUACCCAACUGUACGGAUAUCUAACCACAGAAAAUGACUUUGAAGAGAUCACCGAACAGUCGAGAGUGAAGAGGCCAGCAAGCGCGUCCUUGACACCAGCAAAGCGUGACCUUGCAAUGGAUCUGCUUCUUUAUAAGGAAUUCUUCGAAACAGCAAUCGAUACACUGGUGCAAAAAUAUAACUAUUAUCUUAGAACAGAAGAAGGGUCUCGCGUGUACGCCAAAAUAGAUCCUUCUGAGGGCCAGGAUGACGUAACCAUUCUAGAUCCAGUGCUACGGAAAAAGCUAGCGAUACAUAUACAUCCAUUUGAUGUGUAUACUUUUUGUAUAGAAUUCCAGAAAAGUUGUGCUCAAAACAUCAACCCGUCUAAAGCAGAUCCUGCGAAUAGUAGGCUUACCCUAAUAAAGUAUGUAUUUCACAUGAUAGAGCUACUCAGUCGUAGCUGCAUCACCCAGUUUCUCACAGUGGAACAGAUGUAUGCAAUGAAUGCCUAUCAACUCAACCACAUAGAUAGACAAUAUCGCGAAAGAGAUUUGUUUCUAGAAGUCAAAAUGCACAAACAUAUCGAUUUCUUGGAGGGACGCCACAAUGGAAUAAUAGAUGACGACAUUCUGAAGGUCCUAAAGGAGCCCUCUGGACGUGUUUUGGUAGCGUCUGUCUUUGGAGAUGGGCAAAUGCGGACCAUAGAAAGGCAUAGGAUUGCUUUAGGUGAAAUACCUUGUUACUUGUAUACCGAUUCUCCAUUCAUGUCCAUCCAGGCUCUGGGACACAGUGUAAUAGGUGGAGAGAUACGGGGGAACUACCUCAAUGGUUUAGUUAGGAAUAAAGCCAAUGGGUGUAAGUGUAUUCCAGAUUUGAAUAUUUGCCGCUACUCGGGAUCGUUUAAUGCCCUGACUUACGAGAUAGACUAUUUGCAGAAGUAUUUGGCAGACCCAAGCGGCGAGAAGAUAGGUGUCACAAAUAAUGAAGAUGUGUUUAAUGCUCCUCAAGCUGACCUACCACUGAAUGAUAAGUACAAGGAGUUAGGUGGGGACUUCCAACGUAGCCUUGUUAUGCACACAUCAGCAAGUCAAGAUACACCUCUUCUAAAUAGCCAUGUCUCCACUCCUUCAACUUCCUUGCCUGCAUACCCGUACCAUGUCCUCUACUCUAUCACCCAGGAGAAAAAGUACUACACAAAUGUAGAGCUUAUUAGUCGCAUAGAGCGCUAUAAAAACAUCUGGACACCAGCGCAGAAUAGAGCCUUUCUUCAGCUUUCUCUUCCCAUGGUCCAACUAACCUCUACAAAUAGGACAGGAAGCAUUUUAGUCUUUCCGCAUACAAGCUCUAAAAGAAUACGUUCACUAGCUUUUCUGCUGAGCCCUGCAACCUUUUUAAAUGGUAUGGGUCGCUCAAGAGAUGUGCUAUCAAAACAAAGAGCAACUAAAUCUAAUCCUGGUACCGACCAAGAUUCUACUGCAACAAAAUUUCAAUAUAUAAUGAGCUACCCUGUUGAGAACAGAACACAAGUAGAGCUGAUAUUUGACUUCUGGAUUAGAAGGAGGCAGAUUUUAGCGUAUGGAAACCUGGUAGAUGGGUUCUUCAACCGACAGCAUACACAACUUACUCGUGAAUCCAAGACCUAUCCACCUACGCAACUUCCUGAGCUUUCACCCAAUCACUACAGCACAUCUAAAGACGGCAUUGUUGUUGUACACAAUAUCAGCAUGACUGCAGCACACUAUGCCGACUACACACGUGGUAACAUGAAUCUUGCUUUGGCUGAUGCACUCAGGGAGUCAAUCCAAUCUCAUACUCAUCUCUUCCCACUGACGUCAUUCUUCGAUAAAUCCUCUGACAAAAAGGCUUCUGUAAGAGGUAGGUGGAUUGAUAUAUUAGCUGCGCCCAGUGACUCUAUACAAGCACUUCAACUGAAACCUCUACAAUCCUAUUUCCAAAUUACCGUAAGCAAAGACCUUAAAUACAAAAGGCAGCUAUGCGUUAUAGAAUUAGUGACCAAGAUGAGCCAGUCAAUCAAUCUGCAACUUGAUGCCAACAGAGGACCUAUCGGCUCCAUCCAGCGCAAGUUUUACGAUUUAGAUGACCAACCAAUCUUCCACCUUUUAGAGUGCUCUGUCACUGACAUUUAUAAGGACUUCUUAGAACUUGCUAAUGCGUUCUAUUGUGAGUCCAUAGAGGUCACCCUCACCACGACAAAAUUUAACACAUAUAUCUUCAAGGAUCCGCUUUUAUUGGAGGCAGUCUCAUCCAGCACUGCGCAAGAUCCGUAUAGGAGAUACACUGCAGCAAACCCUAUCUAUUACACUACUGAACUUUUCAAGGACGCAACCGACGCUGCCUUAACUCGCGACGAUAUCCACCACGCCACUUCAGAAAUACAGCGGGAACUUCUGUAUGUACUGCAAUAUACAUCGUCAAUAGAGGCAUGCGCUUAUGAUUGUCUGCUUAACUUCCUUCAUAAUUUGUUGGACGAGGAGUCCCGUAACCCGAAGAAUCAGAGAAUUGCUCAGGCGUUUAGCUGCGCACAGUCUCUUGAUAGAGGCUCCAGACGAGGAGACCUUGCUAGGUUCAUGAGGGAUAUAAACAACCCCCUCUUUGUUUGUGACAUAUACUCAACAGUAAGUCAAAUGGAGUUACGUGGAGACCUCCCCACGGAGGCAUUCUUUUACAUGAUAAGGUCACUAUACAAGUUGGUGGUCGACUGCUUGCAAUUCUAUAUUCCAGAGAACAGUAUGGUGUACGGCCAAGUGGUCGCUACCGAGAAUGCGCUACUCAAUGCGUGCACAAGUGCGCGUGAAGCAACUUAUGGCGUGUUUCUUCCCCUUAUGGACCUUAUCGCCAGCACGCGCGAAUUCUUUAAUCGCUUCUGGCGCCGAUUUUCCAUCAUGACAGCCGGGUACCUGUAUACAAAAGUAUCGACAUUGCAUGUAUAUGGAAAUACCCUACACAAACACCAGAUAUACUCUAUUGUCUUUCUUACAAUGUGGCAGCUAGAGCACCUCUAUUGCCCACUGUACCGCACUCUUCUUACUGAUGACGUGGUCGUAGCGAGUUAUCAUCAGCGACACGCCAAGUCAUCAAAAGGGUAG